GAGGGCUGGAGCCCGGGCCAGGAGGGAGGAAGAGAGAGGGAGGGGGGCCGGGAGGCUGUGCCAGGCGAGCCGGAGGGGUGCUCAGCGCUCCCCCGCCCUCCUUCCGGGAGCGAGGAUGCAGACUCUGAAACUGGCGCUGCUGGGCUGAGGCAGAGGCAGGGGAGUUGCAGCGCGCGCGGCUCGGUGAGUGUGUCUCCUGAGCGCGGAGAGGCGGGGGGAGGCGGAGGACGAAGAGGAGGAGGAGGGGGAGAAUGCCCGGAGCCGCCGUCGCAGCCGCCGCCGCCGCCGCGAUGCUCCCGGCUCAGGAGGCUGCCAAGCUGUACCACACCAACUAUGUGCGGAACUCGCGGGCCAUCGGCGUGCUGUGGGCCAUCUUCACCAUCUGCUUUGCCAUCGUCAACGUGGUGUGCUUCAUCCAGCCCUACUGGAUUGGCGACGGCGUGGACACCCCGCAAGCCGGCUAUUUCGGGCUCUUCCACUACUGCAUCGGCAACGGCUUCUCCCGGGAGCUGACCUGCAGGGGCAGCUUCACGGACUUCUCCACGCUGCCCUCGGGCGCCUUCAAAGCCGCCUCCUUCUUCAUCGGCCUCUCCAUGAUGCUCAUCAUCGCCUGCAUCGUCUGCUUCACCCUCUUCUUCUUCUGCAACACGGCGACGGUGUACAAGAUCUGUGCCUGGAUGCAGCUCACCUCCGCUGCCUGCCUUGUGCUCGGCUGCAUGAUUUUCCCCGAUGGCUGGGAUUCAGAUGAAGUAAAACGGAUGUGUGGAGAAAAGACAGACAAGUACACUCUGGGGGCUUGUUCAGUCCGCUGGGCGUACAUCCUGGCUAUUAUUGGGAUUUUGGAUGCCCUGAUCCUUUCGUUUCUGGCGUUUGUGCUUGGUAACCGACAAGACAGCUUGAUGGCCGAGGAACUGAAGGCAGAAAACAAAGACGACGGAAAUGCUUAAAGCAAACUAAGGUAGUGUGAGACCACACCAUUUCUGCUAAGCCAAUAUUCUCUAGAAUGAGCACAAAACAAAUCAAAUAACAGCUAAACAAAUCGAAUAAGAGCUUUUGUACAUCAACAUCAAGAAGGAAGACUUGCGAGAAAUCAGAGUACAGAGACAGAUCUGGACGAGAGUGAACCAUCUACUUGUCAAGGCACCUUCUAAAUCUGGACCGGCAGAGAUGGCAGUGAUUUUCUGGAAGGAGAUGUGAUAAUGGAUUAAACACCAGCUCAUGGGAAGAUAUCGUCGAAUAAGAUCAGAUCACAUUCAUGAGAAGUCACAUUCAGGAAAUAUUUUAAGAGAAAGGAAUAUAAAUGUGCUAGAAUUAACAUGUAAAAUAUAUAUGUACUGAGGUUUGUAAACUGUCCUUUUUUAAUCAAACUGAAAACAAAAAGCUUUAAUCUUUCAACCUUCUUUUAAUAAAAGGCAGUCAAUCCUAAAUUAUUCCUAUCUCAAUAGCCAAGAGGCUGAUCAAGCAUCAUUUUACAGAGGAAGGCAGCUUAGGAAAAUGCCUCAGCGUAUUUUCACAGGAGCCGUGAUCUUUGGUUCCCAUCUCUGCCGUGCGUUUAUUUCACUGUGUAAUUAGUAAAACCACUCAGUUCAGAGAUGUAACACUUCAAACUUUUUACAGAGUCUGUGUUCAGUUUAAUCUGUCUGUACAAGUUAUUACUGAGAAAGUGUUUCUGACAUAUACUAGAACUCCAUCAAGCUGUAUAUUACAGGAAGUACAUCUUUACAUCAUAGGUCCCUGAGCAACCUAGCUAUCCCUAUCUUUCAGGAAACAGCAUCAGGGAACUCUGAAAAAUAUAGAAAGCUCAUUUUCACCUUGGAUGCUCACAUGUAAUAUAUAGGCUGCUAUCAAAUAAACACUUUUUUCCUAAUUCUCCCUACAUAAGAAUUUAAUAUACUUUAUAAAUAGGCAUCUAAAAGCUCUCCUUUUUUUUUCUCUAUUUCUUUGCUGUACUUGUCAUCAGAAAUCCAUAGCCUUUUUUUCCCUUACUAACAGGUCUCAUUUUUGUUU